UUCUUUGGAUUCUGUUACGAAAAAAAUGCGCAGAGUGUAAGAAAGAAAGUAAGGGGCAAAAAUAAAAAAGGCAACCACAGAAAGAAAGAAAACACUUGCUUGCACGUUCUCUACACUCCUCCCUUUUCAUCUUCUUCUUCAUUUAACUUGUGUUGUGUUCUGCAAUUCGCUUUCUUCAUUCACACACACUCUCUUUUCAUUGAUUCUCUUCGUUUUUUUUUGUUGUGUUAAGAAGAAGCACCCUUUUUCGAAUAGAACGGUGCCGUAUAACAAGGAUUGUGGUCGUGAAUAGUGUUCUGCUCAUUUGUGUAUCUUGCUUCGAUAUGAUGGACAAGGAAAGUGAAGAAUUGGCAUUAACCCCAGAAGUGACUAAGCCAGAUACGGUUGAAACAAGAAGGUUCUCUUCUGGCAAAGGAUCUUCUGGAAAUAGCACUGCAAAAGUUGUUCCUCGUUAUCUCCGAGCUUCAACUGGUUCUUGUCAUGAUUUUUGUAAAUAUGGGAGGAGGCACGAACUUGAAGGGAUCGAAAGGCGUUCUAUACCUGAUAGAGCUACACGAAAACAACUUUACCAGAGUUCUCAAAAGAGUAUUGGGGGGAUAAUGACAUCGGUUGCCAAACUCAGAGGGUCGCUUGAUUCAAGGUUGCCUUUUGUCAAACUACAAGAAUCAAUUGAUUCCGAGCAUGACAUUUCUGAUACUGCUGGCACCAAUAAGCAUGGACUGUCAACAAAAUCAUUCGACAAGGAAAAGCAAAUAGGGAAUGAUGCUCGGGAAAACUGGAAGAAAACAUCGUUGGUCAAGUUCAAACCUUCCCUCCUGAAAUCCCAUACAUCUCCCUCGACAAUACAGGAAAUUUCAACGACUGCAAAGGAGGUGAAAUCUUCAUUGAAAUCAACUUCUCUCAAGUUGGAAACUUCACCAAAAUCAGCUUCUAAGAAGGUGGAAGCUCCAUCAAAAUUAAGUUCCAAGAAGGUGAAAGCUCAAUCAAAGUCAAUUUCCAACAAUGGGGAAACACCAUCAAGAUCAAAUUCCAAGGUCAAAACUUCAUCAAGAUCAACUUCCAACCCGGUGGAAACUUCGUCGGAGGCAUCUUCUUUAAAGGGUAAUAAGGACAUGAAGUUGUCUGAAAUACGGGUAACUUCUUUGAGCCCAGACUCUGCCACAAGGAACACAAUUUCAACUAUGAAAUCCUCAAAAAGCUUUGGUAGCAAAAUGAAUAGUGAGAUCAAGAUGGAAAAGGAUGCAGCCUCUUCCAAAACAGCUUCAAGAAAAUUGAUAGCACCAAUAAGGACCCCAGUGUCCCCAAGACCUUCUCUUGUAAGAGUUGCAAGUUUAAAUUCAAGAAAAAAUAAGAGCCUGAAAAUCGUGUCUCGUCUUAAGAAUCAGCAGAAUGCCAGAAAAGUUGCACCUGAGGAAUCCAACAAUAAUGACAAUCAGGUCGAGGAAAAAACUCUGUAUGUUAUCAAGAUGGAAAGUGGGAACAAAACUUUGGAAUCUGAUCAAAAUCCAAGCUAUGACAAUGAACCAUCCCUUCCGCAGAUGUCACCGCCAAACCCUUCACCGCCUUCAACUUCUGAAUCUGUAUCCCAAGAAGAUCAAGAGGAAUCUGACUAUACAACUAGUGAAUUCGAGAUGGAUUCUUUCUCAAGUAACCAUGAGCUUGAAAACAUGGAAAAUAGGGAGACUUUGGAAGUUGAGGAGAAGGGAAAGCCGACAAAGGGUGGGAUUGUGUGCUCCGAUGAUGCGGCCCAAGUGCUGAAAUUGAAGUUCAGAAGGGGAAAAGUUGUCGAUAAUCAACUUGAGAGAAACACUCCAAGGAGGCUAAAAUUUCGGAGAGCAAAACUGUUGGGGGAGAAAGCAAAUCUUAAGGGUGGAAGGAAAAGCCUUAAAGGACUAGAUGAAGGUUUUGCUGAUGGAGCCGAUGCUACAACUGGUCCAGAGAAGGUUGUCUUGAGACAUCAAGAUAUGCAGGACAAGAAAGAUGCUCAGGGAUUGUUCAAUAACGUGAUCGAGGAAACGGCGAGUAAACUAGUCGAAGCACGGAAGAGCAAGGUUAAAGCAUUGGUUGGUGCUUUUGAAACUGUAAUCUCCCUCCAAGAGAAGAAACCUCCUGCUAACACUGUCAGUUGAUGAUGGAAUCUGGAUAGACAUUUUCUUGCUUUUUUUUCUUUUUUCUUUUUUUCUUUUUGUAUAAAGAAAAUGGUAUGAAAAUAAGACUAAGUUUUUGGUAGUAGAUUUGAAGCCAAUAAGCUGAAGUUAUUGAAGAAAUUUAGAGAUAGAUUUUUCCUUGAACUGUGUCUUUAGAGGCUCAGCAUGCAGAGUUUAAAGGGUGAUUUUGUGUUUGAAACUCAUCUUAACGUGCAUCAUAUACUUUUGAUGAAAUCCAUACAUAUUGUGAUUGAAUUUUAUCUUUUGUUUGGAAAGUGUAAAACAGUACUAUCAGUGAUUUUGUACUAUGAACCAAGGAAAGGAAAAAGUGCUUUGAACUUG